AUGCCGCUCAAAAAUCGCCCACUUUCAACCAGGCAUCCUAAAAUGCACAAGUAUCGGCAUUCGCCUAGCUUCGACAUCUCUCAUUCGAAUGAAUCAUGUGGUGAGCAUUCAAGCAGCGAACAGGACUCACCCCUAUCAGAAGAUAGCAAAAGUGUUUCCAUAUUGACAGCCAUGUGGGAUUUUGGUCAAUGUGACCCUAAACGCUGUACGGGAAGGAAACUUGUUAGACUUGGUGUUACGCGUUUACUCAAGCAAAAAGAGUCCUUUCAUGGAAUAGUAUUAACACCUACUGGAGCACAGUGUAUCAAUCCCUCAACUGAUAAGGACAUUGUUUCUCGAUGUGGUAUCGCGGUGAUUGAUUGUUCCUGGGCACAAACUGACAACACUCCGUUUCAUCGGCUUAGAUAUCGGCAUGGGCGGUUACUUCCUUAUCUUUUGGCUGUCAACUCUGUUAACUAUGGGCGUCCACACAAGUUGAGCUGUGUGGAGGCACUUGCAGCUUGUUUGUACAUUCUUGGUUGGGAGAAUGAAGCACAUGAUUUGCUCUCCUACUUUUCAUGGGGUCCCUCCUUCCUUGAAGUUAAUAGUGAGCUCCUUUCAACCUAUCGGGCAUGUAGAGAUAACGCAGAGGUGUUGCGUGCUCAGAAUCUGUACAUGGCACAGCUAGAGGCCAAAAAUAAUAGAAAACGAUGUAGCUACGCCGAUGUCUAUGCGGAUCUAAAUGAAGAAAUGGGUUCAGAUCAUGAGAACUGCAAAUUGGAGGAAACGGAAAACCAAGGAGCUGGUGACAACAAAUCCCACGAUUCUCAGGAAGUCUGCGUAGGUAGGCUUGAUAGUUUGUCCUGUUGCUUUUUAUAG